AUGAACCCCGUUGGAAAGCAACAAGUUCUGAAACUGUACAAGAAUCUUUUGAGGUACGGCCAACAAUUGAAAUACACCGAUAAAGAGUAUUUUGCCAAAAGAAUACGGAACGAUUUCCAAAAAAACAAAUAUCUUGAGAGCAAAGAAGAUAUCGAUUUCAAUUUCGAAAGAGGGUUGACAGUGCUUCUUCGUCGAUCAGUGGUAUAAUGGCAUUGAUAAAUAAGCUAUUCUUUUUGAAACCAAAUACAGUCUCAAUUUUUUUCAAAAGACUCAAAGUUAGGAUAGACUACUCCCGAGUACCUGAUCUGA